AUUUUUGUCCCAUUAUUCUCUCUCUUGCUGUUUUUGCGGUUGUGUUUUUGCAGCUUCCCUUACCUCUCUUUCACAAGAAGAUUCAACACAAGAAAAAAAAAAUGUUUCCUUUUACUUUUAGUCAUUUUGUCAUGUGAACUUUUUUUUUUGGUUUCCUCUUUCCCUCCUUUUUUUUCAUCAUCGUCUUCUUUGUGUCUUUUGUCUGCAAUCCCAUUUAAUCUUUUGGCCUAAUGUGGGGCUAAUUCCCCCAUAUUAGACCCGUUUCCAAAUCCGGAAACAGUUUUUGUUUAUCUAUAAACAAAUGGGUUGCAUCAGCUCCAAGAAUGUUUCAUGUUUAACGGACCAGGGUGACUCACCGCUCCCUGAACCUGGCUUGCUCUCCACGAGCCAGCAACAUCGAGUUCUUAUUGAUCAUUCUUUGGAGGCAAGUCACAAUAGCAAGCGUUCAAGAAAAUCAAGGAGAUUGGGCGGUUCUGAUUUGAGGAUUGGUGUGAGCCUUGGAUCGUCUCAUAGGAAUAUAGAGGCUGAGCAGGCGGCUGCUGGUUGGCCAGCUUGGCUUUGUUCUGCUGCGGCUGAGGCUGUCCAUGGUUGGGUUCCUCUAAAGGCAGAGGCGUUCCAGAAGUUGGAGAAGAUUGGACAAGGAACAUAUAGUAGCGUGUUUCGAGCACGUGAAGUAGAAACGGGAAAGAUGGUGGCAUUGAAGAAGGUAAAGUUUGAUAAUCUUCAACCAGAGAGCAUUAGGUUUAUGGCAAGAGAGAUUUUGAUUUUACGGAAACUCAACCAUCCAAACAUCAUGAAACUUGAGGGCAUAGUCACGUCACGAGCAUCCAGCAGCAUUUACCUUGUUUUUGAGUAUAUGGAACAUGAUCUUGCCGGUUUAUCCUCUAAUCCCGACAUCAGAUUCACCGAGCCACAGAUAAAAUGUUACAUGAAGCAACUACUAUGGGGACUAGAGCAUUGUCAUAUGCGAGGAGUAAUACAUAGAGACAUUAAGGCAUCAAACAUUUUGGUGAAUAACAAAGGUGUUUUAAAGCUUGGAGACUUUGGGCUAGCAAAUGUGGUGACACCUUCGAAUAAAAAUCAAUUGACGAGCCGUGUUGUGACUUUGUGGUAUCGAGCUCCUGAGCUUCUAAUGGGAUCCACUAGUUAUGGAGUAUCAGUAGAUUUAUGGAGUGUGGGAUGUGUUUUUGCUGAGAUUCUCAUGGGAAAACCAAUCCUAAAAGGCAGAACCGAGAUUGAACAAUUGCAUAAGAUCUACAAGCUGUGUGGAUCUCCACAAGAUAGCUUUUGGAAAAGAACUAAGCUUCCUCACGCAACUUCCUUCAAACCUCAACAUACUUAUGAAGCCACUCUUAGAGAACGAUGCAAAGAUUUAUCAGCAACUGGUGUUUAUCUAUUAGAAACUUUACUCUCAAUGGAACCUGACAAGCGUGGCACUGCUUCAUCAGCACUUAACUCCGAGUAUUUCUUGACGAGGCCUUAUGCAUGUGAUCCUUCUUCAUUGCCUAAAUAUCCACCAAACAAAGAAAUGGAUGCUAAAUAUCGCGAUGAUAUGCGCAGGAAAAGAGCAAACCUCAAGUUGCGAGAUUCAGGAGUUGGCAGGAAACACAAAAGACCACAUAGAGCAGAAUAUGAUCCAAAGAAUUACGCUAAGUUACCAAUAAGAAAGGACACGCUUGAGGUUAAGAACAUACCAAAUGAGGCAUCUCGAGCCACUACAACAACACAUGGAAACUACUACAAAGUAUCUGACCUCCCAAUGACCACAGGACCAGCCAGCGGCUUUGCAUGGGCUGUGAAAAGACGGAAAGAUCCUGAUAAUAUCUCUACUCUUACCUACUAUCAACCCAGCUCGAAGAGUCAAUUGAGUGGAACAAGUGUUGCAUUUGCAAAGAACACUUUUGGUUUGAACCUGAAACCAGACAAUGACUCAGUUUGGGAGGUUCAGGGAAACAACUAUGAUGAUGUUAUCGAGGAGGUUCCUAGUCAUGAGAGUAAGCUUAGCCGUAUUGGAGAACGACACGGAUCACUUGAUGGUUCUGGUUUGGAUUUCAGCCAAAGAGAGGAGGAUUCUCCAAAGAAAACUUUAGAGCAUCUACAAUUUGGAAAACAGAGCAUAUCAGGACCGUUGAUUUUUAAAUCAGGAAAGAUUGACGAGAUUUUGCAAAGGAAUGAAAGUAAUAUCCGUCAAGCUGUCAGAAAAUCCCAUUUACAGAGGGAACAAGAUGACAGAUAAACCGGAAAGGCAAACUACUAAGAAAGACAAAAAGUCCACUUUUUUCAUCGUUGUUAGACAAAAGAGGAAACAAAAGAAAGAAACGUUACUUGAAAAUAAGUAAAUUCCAUUAAUACUCAAAUUGUUUGUUUCUAGUCCUCUUCGUUUUGUGAUGUAAUAGAGGAAAAUAUUGUAACAAAAAGUUUGUCAUUUUUAGAGGAAUCUAAAAAAAAAAAUAUAGAGCAUGACAUUUUUCCCUCGUUAAAGUUGUUUUUUUCCAAGAUUAUUCUCAUAUUUAGUAGACAGUAGAGACAUCAGAUUAUUUACUUAUUACAACAUUGGC